AUGGGUCGUUCUUUUUUUCGUAAAUUGCUUGAUGAUGACUCAGAUGAAGAUGAGAUAAUUAUGAAACUUCUCAUGGGUGAGACAUCACAACGUAAGCGUCGUCGGUAUAUCGACCGUAAUCAUUUGGCAGGCCAUAAACGGCUUUAUGAUGACUACUUUGCUGAAGAACCUGUACAUCCUCCCAAAGUAUUUCGAAUGAGAUUUCGAAUGAGACGUUCUCUUUUUCUCCGAAUCCUAUCUAAAGUAGAAGCUCACGAACCUUAUUUUAUCCAAAAAAGAAAUAAUGCCAAAAAGCUUGGUCUAUCUCCCCUUCAAAAGAUGACCGCUGCACUUAGGAUGCUUGCUUAUGCAGUAACAGCUGAUCUUUUGGAUGAAUAUGUGAGAAUAGCCGAAAGCACUGCAAUGAUGAGUCUAAAAAAAUUUGUUGCAACAGUAGUUGCUAUUUUCUCAGAGCAAUACUUGAGGUCACCAAACAAUGAAGACAUCGCUAGAUUGUUAGCCUAUAGCCAAAACCGUGGAUUUCCAGGCAUGUUGGGAAGUAUUGAUUGCAUGCAUUGGAAAUGA